AUGACUUUGCCGAGGGGCAGCCAUUUCCAGGAUCUGGACAAGAGCAUCGUUGAAGUUGCAGACUACUCCUCGAGCUCCGAAGACAACGAUGACGACUACGUCUUGCCGGGAGUUGAUGUCGCCGACGAUGAGUUUAGGGACUACAACCCUCGAAAACGACGCCGAGUCGGAGGGAACAGCAAGGAAAAGGCCGCUCUGGGCAUUUUUGGCUCCGACAGCGACGAGGAUCGACCUGGCCAGAGAUGGAAAAGCAAGACGCUGAGAAGCAAGGGCAUGAGCUUCGUCUCAACAGCCGUGCAGGGUGGCGAAAAUGACAACGACGACGACGACGACGACGACGACGACGAUGACGAAGAUGACAAUGCCGGCGUGGGCCUGGGAUUUGGCCGGACGGCGCGGGGUCCAGAUUGGGACAAGGCAGGAGAACCGCAGUUUCAAAAAGCAUCCGAUUCCAAGCCGUCUCUCGCUACGGUCAAGACCACCUUUGAUGGGAAGAGCGUCCUCGGCCGCGGGUUCGUACCUUCGUCGGCCAAUGUGCCCGUGUUGAAUGAAUCAGAGGCCGACAGCACUCCGCCGCCUCGGAACAAGCCCCAACCGAGCGCCUUUGGGCGCAAAGGAAAGGUCAACGCCAAGUCGUUCGGUGCUCGAAUGAUGGCCAAGAUGGGCUACGUUGAGGGCACGGGUUUGGGCAAGGAAGGGCAAGGCAGAAACGUCAUUAUCGAGGCGAACUUGCGGCCCCAAGGCAUCGGCUUGGGCGCCGUGAAAGAAAAGACGGCCCAGGAACGAGAGGAGGAAAAAAGACAAGCUCGAUUGCGCGGCGAAAAUGUCGUUGAUUCUGACGAGGAAGAAAAGAAGCGGCGAAGGAAGGCCAAAAAGAAAUCUCUUGGGAUCGCAGGCGAGAGCGCCACCAGCACGCCGCGGAGACGCAAGCCCAAAUACAUAACAGCGGAGGAGCUCAAGGCCGCGGCGCCAGGCCUACACAUCCCAGACGCCUUCACGCCGAUCCUGGACAUGACUGGUCCGGGGGGGAGGUUACUCACCUCGACGAGCGGUGUAAUGACACCUAAAUCUGGCGUGCCCGAGUCGAGUGAGGUAGUGGAAGCCAGGAAGCUCGUGAAACGGGCACAGGCAGAUUUACUGGCUUUCUCGGAAGAAUGGAAGAGCCUAGAGGAACGGAAAUCUUGGCUGAAUCUGGAACUCAAGGAGCGAGAGCUGGAGAUGGAAGAUCUCCGAUCAGAUUUCAAGCGGUUACAAAGCUUCUCGACUCUGGUCACUGAUGAACUCAUGGGAGCCUCGGAUUGGCAUCAAAUCAUGGCAUGCCUUCGAAAGGCCGUUGAUCUUGGCUCCAUCAACUCAGAGACGGCUGAUAUCGCCGUUGCGGCAAUCCACCCCUUAUUGAAAGCAUCCGACUGGGAUCCACUGAGAGAGCCCGCUCGCUUCGCUGCAGAGCUAAAGCAGGUGUCGAUAUUAUUCAAGGGCUCGAGCCUAGGACAUGGUGGCCAACCUGUCCACAAAUGGGACUCUGCAACAGCACAGCUCCAGGGAAUCUAUCGACCACACCAUAAAGCGACCACCCCUUACGAAAGUAUGAUGUACAAGGUCUGGUUGCCCCAAGUGUUGGCUGCCAUUCGGGACUGGGAUGCCCUCACGCCUGCGCCCAUGCUCAGCGUCCUCGAGAACUGGAGCGAUCUUUUGCCUCCUUUUGUGCGUGCACAAGUUCUGGACAAUAUUGCGCGCAAGCUCGAGACUGCCGUGUCAGACUGGAACCCGAGGAAAAAGCGGCAAAGCCACCACUUACCACACACCUGGUUGUUCCCUUGGCUGCCGUUUUUGCCUGCAUACCACCUGGACACCAAAGGCACCGGCCUCGUGGCUGACGUCAAGAGGAAGUAUCGGCAGCUGAUCGAUGUCUGGGAGUUUGAGCGGGGGGUUGUACCGGGGCUUGAGCAGUGGCAAGAUGUCUUGGGCGACGAAUGGAAUCCUCUGAUCAUGGCCCACGUGCUGCCGUCGAUGGGCAGGUACCUACGAACAAACUUCCGCGUGGACCCUGCAGAUCAGGAGCCAUAUCUGCCCGUCCUGACAGGGAUUUUGAAGUGGGAGCGAAUGCUCGGCGGUGCGAUGAUGGCUGAAAUGCUUGUGCAGAACGUGUUUCCCAUGUGGAACGCGAAACUACAGGAGUGGCUCGCACUGGAGGAUGCAGACCUUGGCGAGGUGGCCGAGUGGUAUAGCUGGUGGAGAGGUAUGCUGCUGAAGGACAUGGCAGAGACGAAGAGUGUCGGCGGCGAGUUGGACAAGGGUUUACACGUGAUGAACUUGGUAUGA